AUGCCAGUAGACUAUUGGGAGGAUCGAAUAACAUUACAUCGAGAAUUUGUAUCAUUAGGCUGUUGUUCACAUCCAAGUGGAUUAAUUCUAUGCGAUUUAGCCGUGAAUAAAACUGGAUUUGUUCCUGGGGAAACAAUUAUUCCUCAAGUUCAUAUCACCAAUCGAUCUAGUCGUGCUAUACAAACUGUACAUUUAACAUUUGCACAGACAGUCUUUUUAAAAGGUAUCAAUAAACAAAAUCAUAUUGAAGUUUUACGUAUUUUUGCGACAAGAUUAAAUGCUCAAUCAACAUUGUCCGGAUAUAAUUUAUUUGAACAAUUAGAUAUGAAUAAAAUUUCUGGUGUAUUUUCUUCAUCAAAUUCAUUUUCAUCAAGAAGUUCAACAAAUCGUUUUGAACGUAGUGAACAACAACAAAAAACACAUCGACAUAAUAGUGUAAAUAGUAAAAAUGAUAAACAGAUUAAAUCCCAGACAAAACAUAAACACCGACAAAAAUUACAUCAGAAUUCUUUAUCAACAAAUAUUAUCGCUGUACCAGAUCAAGGUGGUCAAGCAUAUUUCACAGAUUUAAUACAUGUACCACCUCUUCCAACUAGUGGAUUAUUUGGUAGACAAAAUUUAAUUUAUUUAGAAUAUUCAUUAAUUUUACGACUUCGUAUGCAAGGUGAUAGAGAAGGUAAGCAUGAUCACUGUAUGCAAAUCCCAAUUACAAUCGGUUCUGACCCAACUAGAGAAACAUCGUUCAUUGGAAAUGAUGAAGUUGUACCUUGUUAUGCAUCAUUUGAUUUUGCUUCUGGUGAUAUUGUAGAAUAUGAUCCAUUAAAUCAAUCUAAUUCAAUACGUUUAACUCCUGUUUAUAGAUAUUUUAAACCAAAACCUAUUGAGCAAUCACCAAAUAAAUUAAAUAAUAUUAAAUUUUCUUCUAAUUCACCAUUAAAUAAUAAUAAUAGUGUAAAAUCAUUACAAAUUCUAUCAAAAUCUAGUCCUUCAAUAUUAAAACAACCGAAUAUUAUAAAUACUUCAACUAAUAAUAUACCUAUUACAGAAAAUAAUCAUCAAAAUUCAUUGAAAUCUACAAAAUCAUUAUCAUCACCAUCAUCAUCGUCAUCAUCACUUUGUCAUGAUAAGGAAUUCAUUCCACAGAAACAAUAUAAUCAAUCAUUGAAUAAUACAACUUGUUUGGUUAAUAAUAAUGAUGUAAUGAUAACUACUAUUCCAGGAUUAAUGAAUUCUGAUGAUCCUAAAUCAGAGAAUUAUUCACAUAAACAAUUUCCAAAUAAAAAGCUCAAACCUACUUCAUUGAAUAAAUUAAAACGUCAAAAUAAUAUUCAAGACAUAACACCAAUACAUAAAAUGAAUAAUAUAAAUUCAAUUGAUCUAAUAACUAUGAGAAAUGAAUCCUCAAUUACGUUUAUCAAAUCAACAAUAUUUUUGAUGAUGGUAAUAUAA